CCCUUCCAACCCUGAUAUUCUAUGAUUCUAUGAUUCUAUAUCUGACUACCUUUCAGAGGUGCGUUAAGGGAGAUGACUAACAUCUAUCACAUACAGUUUUUACUUUUCUUCUCCCCGCCCUGGGGGAAAUUGUGUGAAAAGUGUAGUUUGGAGGGAGGUGGGGUUGUUUUCCUUUAAAAUAAAUUAUAUGUGCUCUGUGUUAUAUGUUUAUGUUAGCCAAGACAAAGUUUGAGAAGUGCGCCUUGCACUUGUAGCAAAAGGUGGUGAUAUUUGAGGUGGUUCUUAUUUCCUGUGGAAAUGUGCUCCAUGAUCCCAGACUGGCCCCGAAAAAGCUCCAUCUCCUGUAUAGACGAGUUUUGUCCUUGUGGUAGAAAGUUCCAUUGUGCCAAAGAAGUGGAGUUGUUGGUCACAUGGCCUGAUUCUGGCACUUUAGGCAAUCUCUUUGGUAUUGUGGGGCCAGGCAUGGAGCACCAUAAAGAUAGGAACUGAGAUCUUUAAUUUGACCUGGCAUUCUAUAGGGAGCCAGUACAGUGAGUGGAGGACUGGUGUGAGGUGCUUAUGGCAGCCUGUGUUGCCGAGGAGACAGGCUGCAUCGUUCUGUAGUAGUUGGAGUGUCCUGAGGCUGAUGGCUUCAUACCCUGCUAAAAAGCAUUGCUAGACCAGCCAAGAGGUGACAAAAGUGUGUAUAUGUGAGGCCAAAUGAUCACCCACUGGGAUGAGAUGGAGUGGCCUAGCCAUAAAUGGUAGAAUAUGUUUCUUCUGGCCUUUGUUAUGUGGGAGGUAAGUGUCCGAGAGCAACGCAGGAGCACUCAUACCGAGCCACUGAGCAGGCUGUCCUGUUACAUUGCUCCUGUUCAUGUUGAUGCUUUUACUGACUCUAAAAGCUCAUUUCACUGAGGUACAAAUCCCAAUAUUCAUCUCAGUUCACUAACCCCAUCUCUGGAAUUUCUAUCCCAUAACCCACCAGAAAUGAGUGAGCAGUCAGUGACCUAUGUGGACCUCAGAUUUCAUACUCCUGCAGAGCAGAAGAGAAAACGAAGACCAAAGCACACCAGGAUCAUAGAAACCAGCGAGCAGGAAAUAACCUACUCUGAUCUGAAGUUUCACACUCCUUCAAAGCAGCAGAGGCAACAAAGACCUACAAGUGUAGAGAGCAAAGAAUCUCCUUCUCCAUCUUCACCAUGGCUCAUUACAGUGAUUCUGGGGCUCCUCUGCCUGGCUUUGCUAGUAACUGCAGGGGUUUUGGGUGACAAGUUUCUCCAGGCUUCCCAUCAAGUAAGAAGACUCAAUGAGGAAUUUAUCCAGAAACAGGCUAUUCUGAAAAACUUCACACAAUUGCAGAAAACCCUGAAAAACUGUACUCAGCAAAGAGAUGAUCUCCAAGCCAAUAACACAGAACUCUCAAAUGCUGUGAAUAGGGAAGGUAUCGAUCAGAGAUCACUCUUCUGUUAUAUCCUUUAUGGAGAUAAAUGCAGCUCUUGCCCUGAGGGCUGGAUACAGCAUAGAAGGAAGUGUUACCAUUUUACACAUGAAAGGAGCUCCUGGGAGAAGAGUCGAGAAUACUGCUCGUCUCACAGCUCCAGACUGCUGAGGAUAGAGAACAAGGAAGAAUUGGAUUUCAUAAACAGACUGGCGUAUUUUCACUGGAUUGGACUAUUCCGUACGGGAGCUGCUACAAGCUGGAUGUGGGAGGAUGGCACAGCUUAUUCCACUGAGCUGUUCCAAGUAAAGAGGAAAGAGCCUGGAGCAUCCUGUGCACUUUUGAAGGCAGGAGAAGCCACCUCCUAUAAUUGUACUGAACAAUAUCGCUGUAUUUGUGAGAAGAACGCUGCUUAGCUGAAGCCUGCUGAACAACACAAGAAGAUCACAGCAUCCGUCAGACACAUAUCCUGGGAUGUUCCAAAGAGAAAGAGAAAUCACAACCCCUUCGAUUUGCUGUGUUACCAUUCAGACUGAUGGCUGCAGUUUCAGGUGAUAAAACACACAGCAGACUGUCAAGAAGCAGGGCAGAAACCCCAAACUGGAAUCUUCUCCAGCCAACCAGAGCACUCCCACCAUACUGAAUGACUGUCAUUCCCAUUUGGGUUGAUAAGAGUUGAUUUCAGAGGCCAUUAGUGCAAAUAUUAAUAAAUACUUUGUAAAAAAUAUAGAGUGUUGUUUGUGCACUGGGUGUUUUAUGGAAAAAUACAAUUUGCCCCAAAGAGCUUACAGUGUAAAUUCAAACAAAAUACAAUCAAUGAGGCUCAUACAGAGACAAAAGAGGAAUGGGAGAGGAAGAGAUUCACCAUCUUGGUGACUGGGGAUUGAGCUGGGGAUGUCUAGAGCUAAAAGCCUGAGUUAGAGAAAUAAUUCCCCAGCUGGCAGCUGUAACACACUCACAUACUCUGUGGGUUGGGCACACAGGGGUAUGUGUCACUCACACUGAACAAAUAUCAGAGGGGUAGCCGUGUUAGUCUGAAUCUGUAAAAAGCAACAGAGGGUCCU